UCUUCAUAUAUUGAUGCGGAGUAUAUGCAUAAUUGUAUACUCUAUUACUCUGUUCUACGUAAUUUGCGAAGCUAAAAUAGUAAAAUCCCAUUCUCGUUCAUCUUUUUUUAUUUUUAGAAUCUGAUUGAAACCACUGUUUCACAAUGGUAGAGAUGGAAGAGGCGAGAGUAAGAUUGAAAGCAAUUUCAUGUGGAGCAGUAGAAGAAGAUGGUUCGAAAGAGGGCAAUUUAUUUUCUGAAUUGAAGCACUGCUGUGUACAGUUAUUGGAUUUCCUUCAAAAGCCCAAGAAAAACCCAUCUUCUACAUUCUCUCAACUUCUGUAUCUUCUACAACGAGCACCUCCUUGCUCUAUUCAGCCUCUCUUCGAUUACACCUUGUUUCCGCUGCUGCUUUUGUUCGAUGCAGCAGUGAAUUGCAGAUCUUCAUCAAAGACCAAUUCUGAAGACAGAGUGUUAUUGGUUAGUGACUCACAACAUGCUGUCAGUGAUGCUGUGGCUGAAGCCACACUCCUUUGUCUGGAGGAACUCCUUAAGAAAUGCUAUUUAGGAUCUGUUGAUCAGAUGGUUGUGAUCCUUAAAAAACUGACUCAUGGGGCAUUGCUCUCUCCAACUGAGGCAUCAGAAGAGUUUCGUGAAGGAGUCUUAAGGUGUUUCAAGUGGCUGUUCCUUAAUCUCCACCCUUGUUUUGACAAAACCUGUCCAUGCAAACAAGUUCGUGGUUGCCCCAAUCUUCUACACAGAGAUGAUGUUCAAUUUCCAGCUCCUGCAGUUUCAUUAUCUAAUGUAGUUCUACAAGAAUGCUUAUUAGAAUUCCUUAACUCUGAACCUGCUUCACCUAUUGUUGGACACUGGCUUUCACUUUUGCUCAAGGCAUGCUGCAGAUAUUGAGUCCAUGCGAGGACAUCGAGGCAGUUCGAGGCUACGUGUGGAAGCUUUCGUUGCAUUUAGAGUGCUUGUUGCAAAGGCUGGCUCUGCAGACACACUUGCAUUCUUUUUACCAGGUGUUGUUAGUCAGAUUGGGAAAGUGCUGCAUUUAUCAAAAGCUAUGAUUAGUGGAGCAGCUGGUAGUGCGGAAGCCCUAGAUCAUGCUAUUAGAGGUUUUGCAGAAUACCUCACUAUAGUUCUUGAGGAUGAUGCUAAUACAUCUGAUCUUAAGAUCCCUAUGCAUGACCUGCCUGGAAUAUCUUCAAGAGAGGAGAAACCAAUUGAUUUUUUCCUGGAGGAACUUCGUCAACUCCCUGUUAGACAUCAAGGGGGCGAUCAUUCUGAGCAUGUAACAAAGUCUAUGGAAAAGGGUGUAAUGGUGCCUGGCUCCAGAGAAAAUGCUCAGAGCAGUUCUAAUAGCAAGGGUGGAUCAUUGCGAGUUAAGCGUACAAGAGAGUGGAUCGAGAAUACUUCUGCUCAUGUUGAUAAACUCCUGUCUGCAACUUUUCCGCACCUUUGCAUUCAUCCAACCAAAAGAGCAAGACAGGGAGUUCUUGCCGCUGUACAAGUGCUUUUAUCAAAAUGCUGUUACACAUUGGAGCCAAGCAGAUUAAUGCUUUUGGAGUGCUUAUGUGUCUUGGUAUGUGAUGAUUCUGAUGAGGUCUCGUCGGAUGCUCAGAGAUUUUUCAGACUUAUGCUCUUGUCCAGGGGAAAACAUCAGCUGGAACAUGAUAUCUCUGAAAUCUUUAGCAGGCUUGUUGAAAGACUUCCACAAGUACUUAUGAGCAGUCAGGCGCCACUUGCAUUAUCACACUCCCAGAAAUUACUUGCAGUAACAUAUUUCUGUGGUCCCAAACUUUUGGCAGACUACCUUGUCCAUUCUCCAGUCAAGGCUACUAGAUUCUUGGAUGUAUUUUUCUUUUGUCUGAGUCACAACUCAGUCUUUGCUGGUUCACUUGACAAGCUUGUGUCGGCAAGACCUUCAUCCUCUGGAUUUAUGCGGUCAAUAGCAGAAUUGAGGGCUGUAAUUAAUGCCAAGCCUGAAAACUCAGAGAGCUCUGAUAUUCAAAACAGGAAAAUGCUAUUGAUACCUGAAAAUAUACAGGCUGAGAGUGAGUAUAAGCUUCCGCACAUGCCACCUUGGUUUGUUAACACUGGCAGCCAAGAUCUUUACCAGGCUUUGGCUGGAGUUCUUAGACUUGUAGCUAGAUGUUUAUUUGCAGACUCACAAAUUGAAGACUCUCUAUCUGUUAUUGUUGAUAUUCCACUUGUACACUUGCGUAAAUUAAUUUCUGAGAUACGAAUGAAAGGAUACCAUAGUGAAAGCUGGCUGUCAUGGUAUAUGAGAACAGGUUCAGGACACUUGGUCCGGCAGGCUAGUACUGCUGCAUGUAUAUUGAAUGAAAUGAUGUUUGGCAUUUCUGAUGAAGUUAUGACUGCCUUUGAAAUGAUCUUUGGGAAGUCCAGUUUAGGAGUGGAUUGUGGGUGCUAUAGUGCUGAUGGUAAUGAUGAGUCUUGUGAAUUCCUGUGUAAUGCUCAAAAGGAAUGUGUUUGGAACGUCGAUAAGGAUGGAAAUUCAAGGAGACAUCUAAUCGACUGUAUUGGUAACAUAUUACAUGAAUAUCUAUCCUCCGAAAUUUGGGAUCUUCCCUCAGAGAGAAGAGACAUUCACCCCCAUUCUGAUAGCGAAGAAGGAAACUUAAAUUCAUACUUUUUCCAUGAUAAUGCAAUGCUACAUCAGGUUAUUAUCGAGGGAAUCGGCAUAUUUAAUAUUUGUCUUGGGAAGGAAUUUUCGUCAUCUGGGUUCCUCCAUUCUUCACUUUAUAUGCUGCUUGAGAGUGUUAUCUGCUCAAAUUUUCACGUCAGGAGGGCAUCUGAUGCUGUUUUGCAUGUUAUCUCUGCUAUAAAUAACUGUCCAUCGGUCGGUCACUUGGUAUUAGCAAAUGCAGACUACGUAAUUGAUUCAAUAUGUCAGCAACUGCGUCAUUUGGAUCUUAAUCCUCAUGUUCCUAAUGUACUGUCUGCCAUGCUUUCUUAUGUUGGAGUUGCUGAUAAAGUAUUGCCAUUACUGGAAGAGCCGAUGCGUGCGGUGGCUAUGGAGCUUGAGAUUCUUGGCAGGAGCCAGCACCCACAUUUGACCACCUCCUUCUUGAAGGCUGUGUCUGAAAUAACAAAGGCUUCCAAGAAAGAGGCUUGUAUGCUGCCAAAGAAAGCAGAGUCGUUUCUGAAGGAAGUCAACUCUGAAAUAUCAAAAGUGGACCAGGAGACAAGAAAUGGAAGUUACUCUAAUGGUGCUGAUUUGAAAGUAGAGGAUUGGGAGUCAAUCUUAUUCAAAUUGAAUGAUUCAAGAAGAUAUCGAAGAGCAGUUGGAUCUAUUGCUGGCUCAUGUAUAAUUGCUGCUACUCCAUUAAUUGCUUCAGAUGAUCAAGCAGCGUGUUUGAUAGCCUUGGAUGUAGUUGAGGAUGGAAUUCUAGCACUAGCUAAAGUGGAAGAAGCCUACAAAUUAGAGACUAAAACUAAAGAGGCAGUUGAAAACUUCAUUCUCUCAUGCUCGCCCCACGCUCUUGAGGAAACUGCCGAGGACGAAACAGGAGAAAACAGAUUGCUCCCUGCCAUGAAUAAAAUUUGGCCGUUCUUGGUUUCUUGUGUCCGAAAUAAAUAUCCAGUGACCACACGAAGAUGUUGUCGUGUGAUUAGUACAGUGGUCCAAACAUGUGGAGGAGAUUUCUUUACCCGUCGUUUUCAUACGGACGGGAUUCAUUUCUGGAACCUUCUAACCACGUCACCGUUUCGAAAGAAACCUCAUUCGAAACAGGAAAGAGCCCCUCUACAACUACCUUACAGAAAAAUCUCCACAACUUCUGAGGAUUUAUUUGGUGAGAUUUCAAAACUUAAAGUCCAGGCAGAACUGCUCAACAUGAUUUCAGAAUUAGCAAGAAACAAAAGAAGUUCUUCAGCAUUGGAAGCUGUCCUUAAAAAGGUCAGUGGUUUGGUGGUAAGCAUAGCAUUCAGCGGCGUUAAAGGUCUUCUAGAUGCUUCUGUUGAAGCUCUUGGCGGACUUGCAUCAAUAGACCCUGAUCUGAUAUGGCUUCUCUUAGCUGAUGUUUACUACUCACAGAGGAAAUAUUUUCUUUCGCCCCCAACUGCUCAAUUUCCAGAUAUUGCGCAAAUUUUGCCGCCACCUGCAUCUUCUAAAGAGUAUCUUUAUGUGCUUUAUGGAGGCCAGACUUAUGGAUUUGAUAUUGAUUUCCCUGCUGUAGAAGCUGUAUUCACAAAAUUGCACGCCCAAGUGUUUACUAAGCAGAUGCACACGUGAAAUCUUUUCAUGAUGGACUGAUUGUACAUGCAUUUUUUCUUGUUGAUUUUGACAUUUUCUGGAGCAAGCUAUUUUCGAUUUUAAUUUGAUGUCAAGCAAAGCUUUGUAUUAUAGUAUGUUUGAGUGUUAGACACGAUUAGAUGAAAAGAUAUUUUAUAAAGAAAAAGUGUAUAUGUGUUUGAUAAAAAUUGACUAUUU